AUGGGAAAUAACAAGAGCAGAAAUCCAACUCCCAUUCCACCACCAUCUUUCGAAUUAGAUUUCCGAACCAUCAAGGAAAUUAAUCAGGAAAAAUUUGUGUUGCAUCCAGAUUUAACAUUCGAAAUGGCAACAAAUUAUUUGGAAAUUGGUGAAAUUUUACAAUUGGCAUUGUCAUGUAAAUUAUUGUACUCGUAUUUGUGGUUUGAUCAGGAAAAAUUGUGGAACGCAGUGGCAAGGAGAGAUGGCUUUACGAUUCGACAGCACGAAUGUAAACAACUUUAUCGUACGUUGAGGAAGAAGGAGAUUAGUUUAUUGGAAAAUCCAAAAUUUAGUUUGGUUUCUCUCUUUUGGAAACCAGAAUUUGUUGCUGAAUUUGGGAAUAUUGAAUUGAAUCAAUUAAUUUACAUAUUAAGAAAUCCACAUUUUCACAUAAUGGUUAAAGCCAAUUUGAUUGAAUUUUCAUUGAAACAAUUCAUCACUAGUGAGAAUUACAAAAAAUUGAAGAAUCUUUUAUAUUCAAUGUGUAGGAUUGAAAAUGGAACAAACAUUAUAUUACCAGAUGGUUAUUUAGAGAGACCUCCAUCUAAAAUAACUCUCCUUUCAUUAUUAUGUAAACAUUUAUUCGAAAUACCAGGUGCUGAUGAUAUUAUUAUAAGAUUUGCACCUUUUGGAUUGGUAUCUGAGGAAGUGAACAAGUAUUCCUCUGUCUUUACAUUUGAAAAGAGAAUCAUUUUAAUAUUAUUAGAAAAGUGCAAAAGAAAGGAACCUAAUUUGGAUCAAUACUUUACAAUAUUCACUCAAAUAUUCGAGAAGAAAUUACAUUUACUGGAAAAUUUCUAUCAAUUCAAAGACUUAUUGGACUCAUUUCAAACACUGGACAUUGAAAAAAUUACUCCUACCUUAAUCCAUUUACUUUCCAGUAAUGAGAAAUUAUUUCCAGGAGCUACCUUGCUUGAUCUACAUGUUUAUCAUCCAAAAAUUGUUGCAGAAAUAUCAAAGCUGUCUCAUUUACCUUGCAAUCACUCAAUGAACUACAUUCUAAAGUAUUUAGAUAACAGUACAUUUUCAUCUCAAGAACAACUUGCUAUACCUCUUGAUUCUCUUUUUCAAAUAUGGGGAAAAUAUGGUAAAAUGAUUUCUCAAUAUUAUCUAAGAAGGAUUUGUGAAUUGGAUUUUGAAAGAACUGUGAAUCAAAUAUUGGAAUGUGAGCCCGUGUCUUUCUGUUCUUUUGACUGGGAUAAUCAGCGUUACCAAUUUCAGUAUUUGUUUUUCUUGAAACAACUGGAAAACCAUGUCAAGACUCUUGAUUCUUCUGAAUAUGGAUUAUUCUUUCAGAAACUGAAAAAGGUAUCAGAAACCAUCCAUCAGAACAGCAAAGGAGAGGGAUACACGAAAAUACUGAAUUCUAUUCUCUUUGAGAUUGAGCGGUUUGCAUCCCAGUAUCCAUUCAGUAACUCUUUGAAAAAAGCAAUUGAACGAGAUUUUUAA